AAUUAUGAAUUAUUAUUCUCUAGCUCAAAAAGCAGAUUCUUUUGGUUAGAAAGAGGCAUGGAAUAAAAAAAGGAAACUAAUAAUUCACUGAGUGUCUGUCUCACGCAGCAACAUUACCAUGGGAACGCCGUACCCAACUCCGAUCUCAACCUCCGAAACCCGAAUCGGCUGGAUCGGCAUCGGCGUAAUGGGCUUCGCCAUGGCCUCUCGCCUCCUUUCUGCUGGCUACACCCUCUCUUUCUACGCCCGCAACCCUUCCAACCCUAACGCCCUCUCUCUCCAAUCCCAAGGCGCCACCCUGGCCCAAUCCCCGGCCCAACUGGCCCAACUCUCCGACGUCCUCUUCACCAUGGUGGGCCACCCCUCCGACGUUCGCUCCCUCCUCCUCGACUCCCCCGUCCUCUCCUCCCUCCGCCCCAACUCCGUCGUCGUCGACACCACCAGCUCCCACCCCGACCUCGCCCGCCAGAUCUUCUCCGCAGCACGCUCCCUCGGCGCCUGGUCCGUCGACGCCCCCGUCUCCGGCGGCGACAUCGGCGCGCGAGACGGCAAGCUCGCCAUCCUAGCCGCCGGAGAAAAAGCCGUAGUCGAAUGGCUGAGCCCUCUGUUCUCGAUCCUCGGGAGAGCCACUUACAUGGGCCCCGCGGGGUGCGGGCAGAGCUGCAAGAUCGCGAACCAGAUCACGAUUGGCGCGAACUUGAUCGGGCUGAGCGAGGGGCUGGUGUUCGCCAAGCGUGCGGGGCUGGACCUGAGGGAGUUCGUGGAAGCCAUAAAAGACGGUGCUGCGGGUUCGAAGGCGCUUGAAUUGUUCGGGGAGAGGAUGAUUGAGAGGGAUUUUCGACCAGGGGGUUUUGCGGAGUAUCAGGUUAAGGAUUUGGGGAUGGGGGUUGAUGUUGUGGAAGGAGGAGAUGAUGCUCAUCUUGUUGUCUUGCCAGGGGCUUCCUUGUCUAAACAGUUGUUUUCUAGCAUGCUGGCUAAUGGUCAGGGGAAGCUUGGCAGCCAAGGGAUUAUCUCUGUUAUUGAGAGGAUCAAUGGGAUCAAUCAAUAAAAUUCCCACUUGUAUUAAAUAUUUUCUCCUUGGAAUAAAAUUAUCUCUUGUGACAAAGUGGUGUAUGUGUGGUUGAGUUUCAUUUGAUGGUGGGGGACUGUAUUUGUAUCAGAAGCAACAUGCAUUUUAUUGAAUUAGAAUAGUCGCAAUUAAUGCAAGCCUCUGUUUCCUUCACUUUGUCUUCAAGGCUUUUUUAUGUCACAGGUUAACAAGAUCCUACUUUUAAUAGUGGUUACCAGUUAUCGAUAACCUACUCCAUACGUGGGACUGGUGAUGUAUAAAAAAAGAAGUUGAUGUGAUGAAUGCUGUGUGAUCAUUCUCUGGCUUGGAGUUGGCUUCAUAAGUAGAAGUGUAAAGAUUGGAUGUA